AUGCAUCAAACAAGCAUGACUUUGCAAUUACCUUAUUCUGAGAAUCCUAAAAUCAUUAUUGAGCGUUCACCUAAUAGCGGCUCCAUUGGAAGUAGUGGUGGUGGAGGUGGAGGUGGCAGUGGAGGACACAAAAGCCCACUCCGUACUUCCAUGUAUCCUCACAGUCCUCUUGUCAUUGAGCGUCCAAAGUCUCCUGUUGCAUCAUUUUCGUCACCGAAGUAUCACCAUUUUCACAAAUCUCCAGAUAUUGCAAAUGCUGCAGCCACAAAUUUUGUCAGCCAUUAUAUACCUCAUCAUGCAGACGAUGAAUGUCAAGAAUUGGAAGAUUAUCUGGAGGAUGAGUACAUAUUAUUACGACCAUGUUUAAGAAAUCCGACUCUACUCAUGUUGCCUACUUCAUUUAAGAACAAGAAGAAGUUGAAUAAUGUGAGCAAUCGAAACAAGAGAGUAUUGACAUUGAGCACGAGCCCGAAAUUGAGUGUUGUUGUGCCUCCUCUCCGUAGUAAUAACAUGCAAUUUUGA